AUGGCAGCCAAAGCGAAACAAAAGAAACUCGAUGAAAUAGCUGCUGCUGCCAUGCCACCCGGUCAAAAAGUAGUUGCACAAUUCAAAACAGCAGAAGGAGACUCAACUGGGCCUCCUCUCAACUUACCCGGUGAUGUCACACCUGAACAAUUAGAACUCUUAUUAAACCAACUUUUGAAUCAAGGUGACGAUCCACUUCCUUAUUCGUUCCAUGUCGACGAAGACGAAAUCAUCAACAACUUAUGGGUCGAUCGAAAGAAUAAAUCCACUGAAGAAACAAUCAAUAUCGUUUAUCAACCGCAGGCAAUCUUUAGAGUACGAGCCGUUUCACGGUGUACAUCCACCUUAGCAGGCCAUACGGAGGCUAUUUUAUCUUGUGCUUUUAGUCCAGAUGGAAGCCAAUUAGCCACCGGCUCAGGCGAUUGUACAGUUCGUAUUUGGGAUUUGAAUACAGAAACACCACGCUCAACGCUGAAAGGACAUGCAGGAUGGGUAUUGUCCAUUGCUUGGUCUCCUGAUGGUAAGACUCUGGCAUCCGGUAGCAUGGAUAAUACGGUUCGAUUAUGGGAUCCAAAAACUGGUAAACAAAUUGGAGAUGGUUUGAAAGGACAUCGCAAAUGGAUUACAAGCUUAGCUUGGGAGCCUUAUCACUUAAAUUCGAAAAGUAACCGAUUAGCUAGUUCGUCGAAAGACCACACUGUGCGGGUGUGGGAUACUUCCCUUAGACGUAUGAUUUUUACAAUCUCUCAGCAUACAGCGGCCGUGACCUGUGUCAAAUGGGGUGGUGAAGGAUUAAUUUACACAGCCUCUCAAGAUAAAACAAUCAAAGUUUGGAAUUCAUCGGGCAUGUUGGUCAAAACAUUGGAAGGUCAUGGCCAUUGGGUAAAUACAUUGGCUUUAAGUACCGAUUUUGCGUUACGUACUGGUCCUUUUGAUCAUACAGGCAGAAGACAUGCUACGGAAGAAGAAGCUAAAGAAGCAGCCCUCAAUAGAUACAAUACCCUUAAAGGCAAAGGACCGGAGAGAUUAGUGUCAGGCUCAGACGAUUUUACGAUGUUCUUUUGGGAGCCUGAGAAGAGUAAGAAGCCUACCACACGUAUGACAGGGCACCAGAAAUUAGUAAACCACGUGAUGUUCUCUCCUGAUGGUCGAUAUAUCGCUAGUGCCUCCUUCGAUAACCACGUCAAAUUAUGGGAUGGCAAAACGGGUAAAUUCUUGGGCAAUCUCAGAGGACAUGUUGGUGCUGUUUAUCAAGUCAGUUGGUCCAGCGAUUCUCGUUUACUGAUCAGUUCAAGCAAAGAUAGUACACUGAAAAUUUGGGACAUCAAGAAGAUGAAGAUAAAGAUGGAUUUACCAGGUCAUUUAGACGAAGUUUUUGCCGUGGAUUGGUCACCCGGAGGAGAUAAGGUAGCUAGUGGCGGUAAAGAUAAACAGCUUAAAAUUUGGAGACAUUAA